CAGGACGGACCAAGAAGGAGCAGAAAAGCAAGAUGAAUGAUGUGAAACUUGCUGUCUUGGGUGGUGAAGGAACGGGCAAAUCUGCCCUUACAGUAAGGUUUCUUACCAAACGAUUUAUUGGAGAAUAUGCUUCUAAUUUUGAAUCUAUCUAUAAAAAGCAUUUGUAUUUGGAAGGGAAGCAAUUGAAUCUAGAAAUAUACGACUCUUGUUCUCAGCCACAGAAAGCAAAAUUUUCCCUCACAAGUGAGCUGCAUUGGGCAGAUGGGUUUGUUAUUGUGUAUGACAUCAGUGACAGGUCUUCGUUUGCUUUUGCAAAAGCACUAAUCUACAGAAUUCGGGAGCCACAGACUAGUCAUUGUAAAAGAGCUGUGGAAUCAGCUGUGCUUUUGGUGGGUAACAAGCAAGAUCUCUGUCAUGUGCGAGAGGUUGGCUGGGAAGAAGGGCAAAAACUGGCAUUGGAUAACCGGUGCCAAUUCUGUGAACUGUCUGCAGCAGAGCAAUCUCUGGAGGUGGAAAUGAUGUUUAUCAGAAUUAUCAAGGGCAUCCUGGCAAACUUCAAACUCAAAGAAAAGAGAAGACCCAGUGGAUCUAAAUCCAUGGCCAAACUGAUCAAUAAUGUAUUUGGAAAGAGAAGGAAAUCUGUUUAAUUGACAUGUGAUCCU